GCACAUUGUUCUUAGUUGUUAAGGUCAAAAUAAAGCUAAAAAAUAUUGAUGUAAUGGUGUAAUUCAUGGCUGAAUUUACUUUGUGGUCUUGGCCAGUCCUGGCCAGACCAGACCCUAUCUAAUAGUUUGCUGAUAUGAUGCUACAUCGCAGAAAACAUACAGCAGUGAGCGGUUUAAAAUACACCAAAUUUUAUAUUUUUUUGUAAAUCAUAGUUUGACCACUUUUAUAAAAUGUUACAAUACAACAAAAUGAUAUACAUUCAGUAUUCUUCAUUGUUUGUGUUCAUUGUUAUUUAAGCUUCAUGUGAAUGUGAGAUGACAACUUUUUACACAAACCUAGACAAAUUCACAUUCAUGUAUUCACGUGCACAUAAAUUUGACAAUCAACAAUAUACAAACUGUCUCAGUCCCACUUUUAAAUGUAUAAAUGGACCUACAAAUGCCCUUAAAUGCAAGUACAGGAGAGAGAAAUGUUCUUGUUAGCAUAGGCAAAUAUGGCAUACAUAGACACCCAGCGAUAUUCAGUUUUCACUCAGCAUGUUCAAAAUAAUGUUCAGUUUACCCUUGAAAACCUCGCCAUGCCAUAAAGUCAACAGAGAGACAGCAUGAAACAGCAUGCGAAACAGCAAGCCUGCUUCUCAGCUCCUUCCCAUUGUCUGUCUUGGGCUGUGCUGGGGAAAAAGAGGAGGUGUAGGGUGUUGCAGUGGUGGAGGGGGUGUGUAUGGACUCAAGGCUUGUUUUGGGAGAAAUCUGGAACCAAUAUGCUUCAGACAAUUUCAAGAAAACUCUACAGCAGAGUCUUUGCCACUACCUUAGAUCGAGCCCCCUCCUUAUGACUCUGUCCUCCAAUCACGACGUACAUCGCCUUCCUGUUUCCUUUGAGCGGCUCCACCCCUCAACCAAUCCACCUCUCAACCAAUCGCUGAUCAAAGUAGGUAGGGCUUUCGAAGACUUAGCCACUGGUCUUUAUAAAAGACCUGACAACCCCAGAUAGUGAUUUGAGGUUUCAAGAACUGACCUACAGCUACAUGACAUACUGCGGAGACAGAGAUUUUUAUGAGCCCAGAUGAAUGGCCGUAUAAUACGGCACCUUCUUGAGUUCGAAAAAAGCACACUUUUUGCUUUGAUUUGUUUUGCUUUACCUUGAAAUUUCUCUUAGUCAAAGGCAAAAAACUGGGCCAUAAGCGAAGCAAAAUAGGACAGAAGCACGGGAUUGACAAGUAAAGGACGACGGACCGUCAUGCGAGAGGAACAGUCCUGUGGCGACUUUCCCGAGGGUGGGGUCCUACCCAGCGAAGAGGAGCAAGACCGUCGCCCCAACAAGUGCCCCGUCGUCGUUGCACCACCGGUGGGUCCUCGGAAGCGGCUGACAGGUCCCAAGAAAGAGCCUGGUGGACUCCUACCACAGGACGACAAAACACUGGAAGGCCCAUCUACGCUGGCUCCCUCUGGCCCCAAGCGGCCCAAGAGGAGUUCACCCUCCUCCUCAUCAAACUCUUCAGCCUCCCUAGUGCCCGCCGUGAGCGCGGUGUCACCUGUGCCCGGGCAACCAUUCGAGGACCUCCACACGCAACGAGUGAUUGCAAACGUCCGGGAACGGCAGCGCACGCAGUCCCUAAACGACGCUUUCGCCUCGCUAAGGAAGAUCAUCCCCACGCUGCCUUCGGACAAACUGAGCAAGAUUCAGAUCCUCAAACUGGCUUCUAGAUACAUCGACUUUCUCUACCAGGUUCUCCAGAGCGAUGAGAUGGAUGCCAAGCUGGCCAGCUGUAACUACCUGGCCCACGAAAGGCUGAGCUACGCCUUCUCCGUUUGGAGGAUGGAGGGUGCUUGGUCCAUGUCUGCCACUCACUAGACGUUCAUCUGUUCCUAAUCCUGCCCACCGACCCUACAGCCCUACAAAACUCCAGUUCCAACCAGCCUCUGAACUCUGAACCUGCAUUCUGCCCAAGAGAAAGUGACUCUGAUUAUUAAAUCUAUUGCUGUCUAUCCACUAGCUAUGGCUUCAACUUCACCAUCAACAGCCAUUUGACUCCUGCUGCCAUGACCUGACCCUGCCUAAAGCUGACCUCUGACCUUCCAACACAGAUCUUUUCACUUUUUCUCACUGCAGCAGUAUCCCACUAUCCCAGAGGACAUCAUGCUUCAACAUCAAGCCAACCAUCUUUCCCUUCUCCUAAUGGAGCUAUACAACAAAAUGCAAAAAAUGACCCUCGACCCUCAAGAGGAAUGGACACCAGCGGUGGUCUUGUGACCAAAAAUGUAUCUAAACUAAGAUCGCUCAGACAAUUCCACAUGACUCUGAAUCAAACUCUGGAAAUGACUCUGAUUCAGUGGCAGAGUGCUGAUUUGAGAUCAGCGUUCAUUGACUUUGACUUUGUAUGGACACACAGAGGCAGACAUUGACUGUCAUAAGGACUCUACAUGUAUAGCUAACCCUACCCUGAUGGAAAAAUGCUACUUAGACUCACUAUAUUUUCUGAUAUACAGAUCUUGUUGCGCUUGUCAUUUAUGCUGUAUAUUAGCCAACAUUAUUGCUUUUGUGACAGUGUAACAAUGGUAUAUACCACAUUUGUCUAAAUGUAUAAAGGUUGUUACGCAUUUAAAAAAAAUUAAAGCUGUAAGAUUAAUUAUACAAUAUGAUGACUUGGUGAAUAGCAAAUGCAUAAAAGUAAUUUAGAGUUAUCUGAUAGUUACUUUAUAAUAAGUAUGUUAUUGCCUUUUAGCACAAUAAAAACUGUCAAAAACUA